UUAAACAGUAAGAGAACGACGUUGACCCAAAUAAUUUUCAUAUCAAGGAUGUGAAUAAGCACAUUUUGUAAUAAGGCGGGUGUGAAGCCGGGUUUUCCUGUUCGACGUCACAUACACGCACGCCCUAGUUAGUGAACUAUGAGGUCGAGUCAACGACGUGAGCAUGAACACGUACCUAUAUAUCACGUGCAACAUGUACUGAUCGAGUAACGCUUAGAUUCUAAGAUUGAAAAUAUCAACUGAUCAAGGUGGAUAUGCAAGUUUAGAAUGAACUUUCAGAUUGAUAUAAGCAGAUGAGUGAUUCCGUGACUAAGGAAACUGGAUCUCUGUCCAUACAACUUCGCCUAUAUGGAAUUCUAAGUCAGGACGACGACGUGUGCAUAGGAGACUGGAAGUGAAAACACAAAUCCCCCCACCCGGGGAGCUACGGUCUUUACGAUAUAGGUUGUAGCCCUCUGGGAGGAUAUCGUCGUCUGCUAUCGUUAAAUCAAGUUUCAGCAGUUGCUUUUCUCUGUAAUCCAGUAUGGCCACGCCAAUAACUGAAGCAGCCAAUCCUAUCACCCAUAACAUAGAUGUCGCGACGCCGGAAGAAAUAAUGGAUCUUCUCCAGAAGUGUGACUCUGAAAUAUUUCAAGGCUGGCAAGAUUACCAGGGUCUGUACCACCCUACGACUCUGAGAACGAUUGACCUUAUAUCACAGGAAGUGACGUCGAUAUUACAGGCUCCCGACUCGGGAUUGGUAGUACUCAGUGGUUGUGGCACCUCAGGGAGACUGGCCUUCGUUACCGCUAGAACAUUCAAUCUGAGACAAGAGAAAUCCGGGAAACCUCCGUGCUUUAAGUACCUUAUUGCUGGACACGACAAGGCGCUGUUCACAUCACAGGAGGCUCCAGAGGAUGACCCGGCUGUCGGCAUACAAAUGUUGAGAGAGGCUUGUGUUGGGAAGACUAAGGUGCUUUACAUAGGAAUAACGUGUGGCCUCUCAGCUCCUUACGUGGCAGGACAGCUUCACUACUGUAUGCAGAACCUAGAUAGUAUAACGCCUGUCUUGCUGGGCUUCAACCCCGUCAGUUUAGCCAGGAACAUAGAGAUUGAGAACUGGAAUCGGACCUUCUUACAAGUUGCCCAUCAGUUACAGGAAGUCGCGAAGACAGGAAAGGGCUUCAUCCUCAACCCUGUUGUAGGGCCCGAACCAAUCUCUGGAUCUAGUCGGAUGAAGUCUGGUUCCGCUACAAAGAUUCUGCUAGAGACCAUACUUGUUGCCGCUUACGACAUACUCUCGGACCCAUCCCAGACACGGGACACGCAUGCGCACCUAGAGACCUACCGAUUGACUUGUGAUCACGUAUAUACUCACAGCGAAGCCGUGGCGGGACUUAUACAUCUGGCAGGAAAUAGCCUAAACAGGGGCGGCAGUAUCCACUACCUCGGAUGCGACAGUAUCGGAGUCAUGGCCUUGAUUGACGCGUCCGAGUGUCCCCCUACAUAUGGUGCUAGUCUAGAUGAUAUACGUGGGUUCAUUGACGGAGGAUAUUCACUGUUGUCAAACAACGAGGGAGACAUACAGCAUUUGGGGAAACAUUUCAAAAUUUCAUUACAGACGUUUGAAUCCGACAUUUUGCCGCAUUUAACUGAAUCUGAUCUAGUCAUUUUAUGUCAUAGUGAGGGACCUAUACAGCUUACACCCGAACUAUGGAAAAGUAAAUGUAAAAAGGGCAUUAUCACCUUCGAUGCUGAUUUUAAAAUGCACAUGAACAGUAGGUUUGACCAGUCAGUUACCAUGACCUUGCCUGCAAAUGAAAUCAAGUCACGUUUGGGAGAACGAGUAUGGAAAGAGUGGCAACCAUUGUACCAGGAAAUAGCAACAAAGUGGGUCUGUAACGCUGUAACUACAGGGGCGCACGUGCUUAAGGGCAAGGUCUUUCAAAACAUAAUGGUGGAUCUCAAAGUCAGUAAUAACAAAUUAUUCCAUCGGGCGAUCGGGAUUAUACAGAGGUUUAGUUCCCUAUGUGAGGAGGAGGCCACGAUGGUUCUACUGCGGUCCAUUUAUCAAACGGAUGCUCCUACACAAACACAGCUUUCAUCGUCUAUUUCGUCACAUAUAGAGCGCGCCACAGCAAUGCAAAAGGUUGUCCCGUGUGCGCUGCUUGCCGCCAUAACCCAGUGUUCUAUAGCUGAGUCACUAAACCUCAUUGACAAUCAACCAGUCAUCCGGACAGCCAUAUCUGAUUCUAUGAGGAAAUAAUCAGCCGAAGCAGUACCAUAGUCAAACUAGGAAAAGUCGUAAAAAAUAGAACUAAAACUCGAUACUAUUUAAUUUUCUUUAUUUAAUGCUAUAAGAAACACUUGAAACUUUAAAAAAAAUAUAUAUUCAUACAUAGGUAGAGGUUUAAUCUGGUGAAGCAUUUUAGACUGUAUAUAUGUAUACCAACACUAUAAAUAGAGACGCUAUAACAUAAUAGAAACAUAAUCAAACCAAUUGAUUUCACAGACGUGAAUGAACAUAUAUGUAUGCGUUCAUUCCCAUGCAUUUUUUCAUUCUCUUUUUUUUUUUUUUUUUAGUAUUAUUUGUCUUUUGGUAUCCUAAUAGAGUAAUAUUAUUAUAAACAAAAAUAAGUAGGAACAAGAUUCAAGCACUACCUCAGCUAAAUUCAACCUUGCUUUAACUGAAGUUAGUUUUUGAUAUAAUGAUUCGCUAAUUGAAUACUGUAAACAUUUAAUUUCGCGCACUCAAAUUUAAGGGCAAAUAUUUUUUUUUUGAAUUUGGUCAUGAUUUAUUCGUACUUUAACAAUAAUUUUCAAAAAUACAACAUACAAAAACUGCAAUUGACACAAUCAUAAUUUAGUGGAAAUCUCUAACCACGAAAAUCCCUAAAAUAUGAUAGCCGCUUAAAUGUUAACGUUUCCAGCAAGGCAAUUAUGCGAAAUGUAUAUAAAUCUUUGUUGUCUUCUUUACAUAGUAAUUGUAUGUUUUGAGUGAUAUUGUAUGGUGAAUCAUAUGUAAUGAAAAUACCCGUGAAUUAAAAGUGGUGUAACAAUAUUCUACAGCAUUUAUAUAGAGAGAAUAAUAUAUAAUUAUAAGUAUGUUGAUUUCAAUGCUUUAAUACAGCUGAUUUGUCAUCGCCUGCCACAAAUGGUUCCUUUAUAGAAACCUACAACACAUUAUUUGUAUACAGAAAAAUAUAUAGGCUACACCUUCGGCCUUUAACUUCACUGACGAGUCCAACCAGGGCGAAACAGUGGUAUGACGACUGAGCUUAAUUCAUUUUGGCUCUACUAUAUGUAUAACUCGCAAUUUAUAUUGAAAGGUGCUAGCAUCUUGCUUGUCUUUUGUAAAAUCCUUUGUAUACAGUACUUAGAAUGUUACGAUAGUCGUACGAAUAUCGUAAUAUAUUUACCGCAUAUUGCUGAUACAGAAUACUGUUUGACUGUAUAUCGUAAUUAUUAUUUAAUAUAUUACAACAGUUUUAAUUUAGCUACAGUAGUUUUCAAAUUUUCUGUUUCCAUAUUUUAAUAUUGUAGCCUAUCUUUCUUCUAAACAACUCAUUUAAGUACUUAUAUAUGCUGCAGCAGUUACGAAUAUAUUAAUGGCAUAUUGUGUUUACAUGAAAAUAAUUCGUUUAUUGAAGCCAGUAUAUUUUUUUUAAUUUGCCAACAUAUGUUAUGCUGCGGGACGCUGUAAUAAUCAGUCACUAAUCUAACGGGUAAGAAUUAAAAGAUGAAAAAAAUGGUU